GGGCAGGAACCCGGCCACCGGGCAGGUUGGAGCUGCGCGCCUGGAGGGUGCACCACCUCCUCCGGCAGCGCCAGGCGUCGCCGGCCGGGCUCAGCGCAGACCCGCAGGUCCCGCAGCACUUGGAGGCCCCUUCCUUCUGUCAUCCUCCCCGUCCACAAUGCGGAGCUGUGGCUGGAUGCAUGUUUGGAGUCUGUGCUGCAGCAGGACUUCCAAGGCACCAUGGAGCUCUCCGUGUUCAAUGAUGCCAGUAAGGAUAAGUCUAUGACGAUAAUUGAAAAGUGGAGACCGAAGCUGGAGGACUCAGGCAUCCUGGUGGUCAUUGGAGGCCAUGAGUCUCCUUCUCCCCGAGGAGUCUCCACUUGGUCUGAAGUGAAGAACUCGACAAACCCUGGCUGUGGACCACAGCACGCAGAGCCAACUGCUUCUGAAACCCGUGGCCGGGAGGCCGUGCAUCUUCCCUUGCGAAUGACAGCAAAGGUGGUGGCAGACCAUGACACUGCCUGUCUGGUCACCAGCUCAUUUGGCCUUCACGGAAGACCCCUCCCAGUUGGAUAUUCUAAAAAUCAAGCAAUUGCACAGAGCUCAGGGUCUUACCUUUGCUUCUUGGAUUCAGAUGACGUGAUGAUGCCUGAAAGAGUGAGGCUGCAGCACGAGGCGGCCGUUCAGCACCCCACCAGCAUCGUCGGGUGCCGUGUGAGGAGAGACCCCCCGGGCUCCACGGAGCGGUACACACGCUGGAUCAACCGGCUGGCGCCCGAGCAGCUUCUGACACAGGUGUUGACCGCCAACGGCCCCACAGUGAUCAUGCCCACCUGGUUCUGCUCGCGAGCCUGGUUUUCCCACGUGGGCCCAUUUGACGAGGGUGGGCAGGGCGUGCCGGAGGACCUGCUGUUCUUCUACCAGCACCUCAGGAAGGGGGGCAGGGUCCUCCGGGUGGACCAGACCCUGCUCCUGUACCGCUACCACCCCCAGGCGGCCACGCUCUCCGUGCUUGACCCGCCCUGGCCACCCCUGCUUCCCAGGACCACCAUCUGGACCCACCGUGUCUGCUUCCUGGAGGAGUGGGCCCUGCCCCAGUGGGCGUCCUUCACCAUCUGGAACGCGGGCAAGCAGGGACGCAGACUGUACCGCAGCCUCACGGCUGCCAGCCGCUGCAAGGUGGUGGCCUUCUGCGACGUGGACGAGAACAAGAUCAGGAAAGGGUUCUACUGCUACGAGGAGGCUCAGGAAAGGCCCAAGCCGCGUGUUCCUGUCCUGCACUUCAGAGCUGCCCGGCCACCCUUCGUCCUCUGUGUGAAGCUGCUGACGGCCGUGGCCGCUGCCCUGGUGUGGUCUGAGCGGAGCGCCACUCAGGCUCCAGGACCAAAUCAUGGCCUCCUUGGCACGUCCCCUCAUUGCCCCUGGCUGCUGAUGGCCAGCCUGCCUUCUGAUGGACUCCAGGCCUCAGGCCCUCAGGGACACCGUCCAGCACUUGGCUGAUGUGUGUCGGGCGUCACUGACCUCUCCGUCGUCCCUGCGCCAUCCUGCGUCUGAGGCCAGAGCCCUCGCACAGCCUGGGUUCUGGCACGUCCACCAGGCCAGCCUCUGCUCACUCCCAUGCUGCCACCAGCUCAUCCUCACCUUCACUGCAGCCUUGCACUCCAGGACACAAGUGGACGCUGGGCUGUGGCCAUCAGGGGUACAGGUCAGCAGCACUGGCCUGGCUCUCUGUGGACUCAGGGUGCCCCCCGGGGCUCUGCCUGCCUCUCCUGCACCCUCAGGCAGGCCUGGGCUCCCACCAGCAUGUCACCACCCCUGCCUUCCCGGUGCUGGUGCAGAGUGUCCUGUGCCUGCUCCCUCCGCUGCAGCACACUGGCCACCUCCCCGCGGCCUCACCUGGCAGCCAGCCUGGCGCUCCGCUGCUGUGCGUCCACACUGGCCCAGUGCUCACUCACACUGCGCCCCACGUCGGCACAGGGUGCUCUGUGCACCUGAGAUGACGCCGGUGCCUUGAGCUGACCUGCAGCUGGGGGCAGGUACCAGGAGGCAGAGCCGUGUCACCAGGGGCCUCCAGCACACUGCUGAGGUGGGAGACAGGGUUCAAGUGGGCAGGCAGGAAGCUGGGCCCCCCAGGGCACGUCUGUGCAGCAGGGCUGGAAACCAGACCUGGGCCAGGCCCCACCAAGCUCAGGCCGACCCCCGUGAGUCAAAAGGGGGAUGGAGGCCUGACUGGACCAGAGAGCGCGUGCAGGCAGGUGGACACGGAGUGCCUUAGCAGGGCUGGGCUGGGGGCCAGCUCCCCUGACCCUGAAGUCGCACACACACCCCUGGCCCACGGCACUCUCCAGGAGCCCUCUCUACAGACCUGCCCUGUAGGAGCCCUGGUCUCUCCGUGUGGCUCUAAUAAACCCUGUUACUUUG